AUGGACGACUUCGAGAGGCGCUUUGGGAACAGGAUGGGAAGGCUGGGUACUGCCAAAGCGUAUUGGAGAAUGGACACUAGGAGUGCUGGCCUAUCAAUUUCAAAGAUGUUAACGGUAUCUGUCGUUGGAACGCAGAAAAAGGUUACCCGAGACGACGUGGAAGCAGAGCAUCUUGGAUAA